CGCCCUCUCGUUGCGCACCGCGCGGUUGGCUGCGCCAAAGCUGAAAGCCCACAGCUCACUCGAACCCUAGCCGCCACAUCCCGUCUUCCUCCCUAGCUCAGCAUCACAGGCGCCGGCGCGCCGCACCCCCUAUUCCUCCUUUCUCCUCGUCUGAAUAGCCGCCGGCCGCCGCACCGCUUCUUCCCCUUCCUCCUACCUCCCUUAUCCCUGCCCCCAAUCCACAUCCGCCUCCUCCCUUCCUUCCUUCCAGAUCGGGGAGUAAGAUGGCGGGCGGCAGAGCGUGGGGUCGAUGGCAGCGGCUGGACGAGGUCGUCCACAGGCGAGGAAUGGCCGCCAAGCUUGUUCCUCCGACCGCCGCACUGGAGCCCCGGCGGCUGAGCCUGCAGUGGCACCGGGAGCAUGGCGGCGACCGGGGCUGCUGGACAGUAGGGGCUCGCCGAGGUGGUCCAUGCCUGGGAAGACGGCGACAUCUUCCGGCGACAAGAUCCUUUGCAGAUCAAUUAGAAGGCAGAAUUCUUGCUAGGUGGCUCAGGCCAAGCAUCGUUUCACAUUCAGGAAGUGAAGACGGCCAUUCGUCGUGCCAUGAGCUCCAUUCAUAUUACUAUAUGCUUAAAACAUCGUGCUCUCCUUAUCUACAUCAUGUGGCUCAUAUUAGGUCGCUUUGGAGGCUGAAAUCAGGUGGCUGCUCAUGUCUGGCUUGGUGGCUUGGUGCCUAUAUUUUAGAUGUUCCAUUAAUCUUGGCUGCUUUUCUCACCAGUUUUGGGCUUUAACCUUGGGUAAAUGGACUAAUCUUUUCCUUGUCUGUAAACUGUCUGCUGACAUGCUUAUGCUCUAACAAGUUCCUCUGCUUUCAUUUCUCACGUUGUCAGAUCUAGAAGGUUGCAGCUUCUUUGUUCUCCUACUCAAGAUUUGCUCACUUUCUAGCUGGUUGCUGCAUCAUUUACUUUUUCCUCUGUUCAAGGAUGUAUCGUACACAUUGUCACCUUUUUCCUCUAUUCAGAUAUCGGUGUUGCCUAAUUAAAAAAUGAACAACAAUACCAGUUGUACCAGUUGAAGUUUUUUCUUUCUGAAUUGAGUAGUUAAGAGUUCAGUCUUCCUAUAGAAUCUUCAGGAGUUUAGUUAGGCAUUCUGAAAAAGAGAAGUCUUGUUGAUCAGACGGCUAAACGCUCAUAUCGCUCCUAAACUUGAUACACUGUUUUCCUUUUGAUAUGUCUUGCCAAGCAGAGCGACCAAUGCAAGGAGGACCAAGAUCUAGGACGGUGAGCCUCGCCUAGCUCUUCCACCUCUUCCACCUAUCAUGGAGGAGGGACGAAGGGGGAGAAGAUUACAGCAUGAUUCAGGAUCAGUUGAGGGUUGAAUGCUUCAAUGGUUCCAGAAAGCUUCAUCCACAAUCCUGACAAAUAUUUCCUUUGAUGUCACAAAGCAUACCAAGAAUUUGAAGUGAGUACGUUUUAUCCCAGCUAACCUGUCAGGCUGUCACCUUUUAGCGAUGUCAUGAAAAAUGAACAUAUGGCAGUCAUUUAUUAUUAAUCUUGUGGUGACAUAUGCAUGACUAUUAGUAGAAUACUUUGUAGUAAGUUGUGUGUAAAUGUUGUGUAGAGAAGGCGAUAGGGAGACUGACGGGGCAUAGAGUGCUUCCGUGUGUUGGGGUAUUUAGCUGAUUGCUCAUUUGGGAGCACUCAAUAGCAUGUUGCAUCUUUAAUUUUAUGAAAUAAAUGCCUUCCUUUGUUUGCUCA